CUUCCGUUUCCGUACCCCGAGGUUGCUAAGGGCCGCCUUGAGUUGCCAAGAGAGGCCUAGUUUAGGCCUAGUUUAGAGCGCAAUGGCGCAGAGCAGGUUGGAGAAGCUGGGAUCAAUUUUUACCCGGACACAGAACUUGCUGCGCUCUGGGGCGAUGAGUGAAGCCCAGAAACCCAUCUGGUAUGAUGUUUAUGCGGCUUUCCCUCCCUUGCGGGAGCCCGUUUAUCGCAAUCCUCGUCCCCUGCUGGGCAAGGUGAAAGAUACAGUGCCCCCCAUACUGUACCCAGAGGAUCAGAUCAGAGCGAAAUUUUAUGAAACUUAUGGAACUGGUUCAGGUAUAUUUGAACUAGCAAGAUCAAAUUAUACGUCUCUCUGCCAAAGGUUUGUUGAAAAAUACAAUGAACUGAAGAAGCAGGGAGAAAUGGACGAAGACCUACUAUUUGCAGAAACAGGGAAAGCACUUUUGGCAGAAGGCCUUGUCUUAUCAAGAAAGGGCAAAAAAGUAGCUCAGAUGCCUCCAUCAGCCCCACCUGUAUUAGAGCUUCACUGCAUAUUGCAGGAAGAAGAGGACUGCACGGAAGAACCGGAGCCAAAGACGGAACCCAGCGAAAAGCCAAAGGAAGGGUCCUUCCCCUCCUAACAACUGUGUGAUUCUGUUUAAACCAGUCUUACUGACUGCUAAUGUUUGGACUGUGGCACCUGAACCUUUGACAGAAAGGCUCUUGCCAAUCACAGUGUUGUGAUUAUCUCAUUGUUAGGAAUGCUGAACGUACUGUAGAAAGAUUAUGAGAACUCUCUUCUUACGGCAUGCUUUGGCUGUCAUGUGCCCUAAAGUGUGCAUUUCAACAAACGAUAGAUUUGAUUAUUAAAAUCUUGCUCUGGAAAUGUCA